AUGACUGGUCUCCACUCUCCUUCGUCACUCUUCUCCCAUACCAAAAAUCACCAGCGCAACGACUCUGGGAGCAUGUCAUUAGGGACGACAGCAACAUUGCCCGAGGGCACACCGGCUGGUGGCGCCAAUGGCGCCACCGCGCCUGCCACGAAUCCACAAGCUGGCCAGACCGGAGGAGGCGCGUCAGACGUCGUGUCUAAGCAAGUGCAGGAUGUCUUGUCAUCUGAGAUCGCCAUCUCGGCCAUGCUUCACAGGCUGAAGCAGAGCAUCGCCGCCGCCAAGGAGUUUGCCCUUUUCCUCAAGAAGCGAUCGGCCCUCGAAGAAGAACACGCACACGGCCUCAAGAAGCUCUGCCGCAUGACGCAAGAGAGCGUCCAUCGGCCUGAGCACAAGCAGGGCACCUUUGCUCAAGCCUACGACGACAUGCUUGUAAUCCACGACCGAAUGGCCGACAACGGCCUUCAGUUCGCCUCUUCACUUCACCACAUGCACGAUGACCUUAUGGAGCUCGCUGCGAUUGCCGAACGUAACCGGAAGGGCUGGAAGACCAACGGCCUUGCCCCUGAGCAGCGGGUCAGCGAGAUUGAGGCGGCCAUGCGGAAGUCCAAGGCCAAGUAUGACUCUCUCGCCGAAGAAUACGAGCGCGCGAGGACGGGCGAUACGUCGAGACAGAGCGGCAAGAUGUUUUUCAAGGGCGCCAAGUCUGCUGCUCAGCACGAGGAAGAUCUACUCCGGAAGGUCCAGGGAGCCGACCAAGACUACCGCGGCAAAGUGCAGAUUCUACAGGCUGAGAAGGCCGAGCUUGUCCAACGCACCCGCCCCGAGGCCGUGAAGGCCAUCCACGACCUCGUCCGGGAGACUGAUUCCGGUCUCUCCCUCCAGAUGCAGAAGUUUGCCUCCUUCAACGAGAAACUUCUGCUCAGCAACGGUCUUUGUAUCAGCCCACUUAAGAAUAGCGACAACAACACUCAGCAGCCACGAAGCCUUAGGGAGGCGGUAGCAUCGAUCAAUAACGAAAAAGAUCUUAGCGACUAUCUUGUGGCUCACCAUUCGAAGGUUCCCGCAAACCAUGGAGAUGUCAAGUACGAGCGGAAUCCCGUUUUGAACCCCCCCGCCAACCCUCCCAUCAGCCAGCCCAAUAUAACAGGCGGCCAGAGCUCGCCUCCUGGGCAAUUCCCGGUCCAGCCGCUUGCGCAACCCGUCGCUGGGCAGCGAGGUUCGAACUACAACUCCCCAGUAACAUCUCCUGGCGCGCAAGGAUUCUCCCCGACUGCAGCUACUGCACCAAUUCAACAACAGCAACAGCCGCAGGCGCGCCCCUCAUCUCAGCAACGGCCUGCUUCGCAGCAACAUCAGCAGCUGCCCCUCUCUCAACAACAGCACAGCCGAACCUUUAGUGCAGGCGGUCUGCUAAACCAACCCGCCAUAGGCCAACAGCAGCAACAACCCCAACCAUAUCAACAGCCCAGCAGCUUCGGAGGAAGCGGCCCCAAAUUCGCUGCUCCCCCGGCGACUAUGUCCUCGCAAGGGCCUCCUCAACUAGGCGCUCUCUCCUUCCAAUCCUCAGGCCCGCUGGCUCAACCUCCACUGGCUCCAGGCCUAGGCCCUCAGGCUCACCAGAGAGAUUCGGGUGGCAUUAACCCUCUCCUUCAGAAUCCUCCUCAUUCCCAAGGAGCCUCGGCACCAUCUAAGCUCUCAGCGGCUCCAAUUACGCGACAGCAGUCACCACCUGCCCAGGUGACAGCGAAACCCGUAUUCGGAAUUCAUCUCGGCAAGUUGUACGAGCGGGACGGCUUGGCCGUUCCUAUGGUUGUUUACCAGUGCAUUCAGGCUGUUGAUCUGUACGGCUUGAACAUGGAGGGAAUCUACCGCCAGUCUGGCUCUCUGAAUUCGAUCAACAAACUCAAGGUCAUGUUUGAUACUGACUCGACCAACCCCGCUCUCGACUUCAGGAACCCCGACAGCUUCUUCCAUGAUGUGAACAGUGUUACAGGUCUACUGAAGCAGUUCUUCCGUGACCUACCUGAUCCACUUCUGACGAUGGAACACCACUCGGCAUUGAUCGAGGCAGCGAAGCACGAGGAUGAUAUCGUACGUCGUGACUCGUUACACGCAAUCAUCAAUAGCCUGCCGGAUCCCAACUAUGCCACUCUGCGAGCCCUAACACUCCAUCUCUGGCGAGUAAUGGAGAAUGCUAGUCUGAACCGCAUGAACUCGCAUAACCUGGCAGUUAUCUUCGGCCCAACACUGAUGGGUACAGACCCUAACACAGGCAUUACGGAUGCCGGCUGGCAGAUCAAGGUCAUCGACACGAUUCUACAAAACACCUAUCAGAUCUUUGACGACGAUUGA